AUGGGGCACACGGCGAGCGUGAAUCGGCAGCGCCGCGUCUCGACAGGCACACUGUAUGGAGAGCCCGCUGGUGCGGCUACAGCACCGCGCGGGAGCUACACGCCAGCGCAGAUGCAGGCGCUGUAUCUCAGUCGAGGUCGACCAGAUAUGGCUUUCAUGUCCAAUCAGGGACGCACAACCGUUGACGUCCCGGAGCUGCAGCAAACGUGCACAGUGAAGAACCACGUAAAUCUCAAGAAGGCCAGCCUCAAAUUGCAGCGAUCGCUCACGGAGCCGCAGCAGUACGCGCUGGAAUUCCAGUUCGACGCCACUAAACCUUGUCGGAUUAGUGUGUAUUUGGUGGCAACGGAGACCAUCGACGCUAAUACUGGUGGCUCCAGCUUCGAGCUGGUUCACUCAGACAAGAACCCGGUGCUAAGCCAGCCCUUCCCUUCAGGAUUGGCACAGGUAUUCGUUCUUAAAGGGGACGAAAAGGAAGAGAACACUGUCCAGGAGGUGGAUCAGGAGACACAAGAACAACCAUUGCCGCUUCUGGACUUCUCACCAUACGACCCGGAUGAGCUCGUUUACAAGGCUAAUACGACGCAAUUCCCACUGAUAAUUGUCCUCGAAGUGUCUCCAGACAAGAAGCGCCCACAAUCUCAAACGACAUUCUGCACGUUCGUCAAGAAAGGAGAAGACGUGUGGGAUAUCAAGAUGCUCAAGCAGAAAAUCCUGGUGGACGGAUUGACUUACGAGUUGCAAGAGAUCUAUGGAAUUGAUGGAGCAGUGGCAGCAGCACCUAAAACUGAGCGCAACGGUGUGUCAGGAGAUGGCCAAACUGAUACGUCUCAGACUGCGAAGGAUGAGAUUGAAAUUCCUGAAGGCGCCGAGUGCAUCAUCUGCCUAUGUGAACCACGCAAUACCACAAUUCUACCCUGUCGGCACAUGUGCCUCUGCAGCGAAUGCGCUGAAGCACUACGCAAGAGCUCCAGUACGUGCCCAAUCUGCCGAACUCGGGUUGAAGCGUUGCUCCAGAUUCGAGUGGAAGCAAAAGAGACCACAACGACGGAAGCUGAAGAAGAUAAGACCGAAAUUGAGGACACCACGUAA